AUAUUCACUACUUUCCUUAAUCAUAACUUUCCUCAUUUGGUAUCCUUUAAAAAAAACUUUCUUCAUUUGGUAAUUUUUUUUUUCCUCAUUUGGUAAAAUCAUGGCCCAAUCUUUGUUAUUCACAGUGAAGAGGCAUGCCCCUGAGUUUGUAAAGCCAUCAAAAACAACACCACAUACAAUAAAACUACUCUCAGACAUAGAUGACCAAGAUGGAUUGCGUUUUCAAAUUCCUCUUAUACAAUUUUACAGAUAUGAUCCAAAUAUGAAAGGAAAAGACCCUGUUGAUGUUAUUAGAAAAGCACUUGCAAAAACACUUGUGUUUUAUUAUCCAUUUGCAGGUAGAUUAAGGGAACUUUCUGGUAGGAAACUUAUGGUUGAUUGUAAUGAUGAAGGUGUUUUGUUUAUUGAAGCUGAUGCUGAUGUUAGACUUGAACAAUUUGGUGAUGCUCUUCAACCUCCUUUUCCUUGUUUGAAUGAACUUCUUUUUGAUGUACCUGGUUCUUCAGAAGUGCUUAAUACUCCAUUGCUGCUUAUUCAGGUAACACGUCUCAAAUGUGGUGGAUUUAUUUUCGCUCUUCGUUUAAAUCAUGCAAUAAGCGAUGCAGCAGGUUUGACCCAAUUUAUGAGUGCCUUGGGUGAAAUUUCUCUUGGGAUGAAAGCACCUUCAAUUGCACCAGUGUGGAAAAGAGAGCUACUAAACGCAAGAGACCCACCAAGAGUGACAUGCUUUCAUCGUGAAUACGAACAAAUACCAAACACCAAAGGAACCAUUAUCCCCUUAGACAACAUGGCCCAUCGCUCUUUCUUUUUUGGUCCCACCGAGUUAGCGGCAAUUCGCGCUCUUCUUCCGCAUCAUCAACAACAACAACAUUCCAAUUUUGAAAUUCUCACAGCAUGCCUCUGGCGUUGUCGUACAAUAGCUUUACAUCCAGACACUGACGAAGAAGUUCGCAUAAUCUGCAUCGGUGACAUGCGUAGCAAGUUUAAUCCACCAUUACCAAAUGGUUACUACGGUAAUGUUAUUGCAUUUCCCGUUGCAGUUACAACCGCAGGAAAACUAAUUGAAAAUCCGUUGGAGUAUGCAUUGGAAUUAGUUAAAAAAGCAAAAGCUAACAUCACUCAAGAAUACAUGCAUUCAGUUGCUGAUCUUAUGGUUAUCAAAAAUCGACCUCAUUUUACUGUGGCGAGAUCGUUUCUAGUGUCGGAUGUGUCACGUUUGAAGGUUAGAGAUGUUGAUUUUGGUUGGGGGAAAGCUGUUUAUGGAGGACCAGCUAAAGGAGGAGUUGGUGCUAUUCCAGGUAUUGCUAGUUUUUAUAUAGCUUUUAAAAAUGCUAAAGGAGAAGAAGGUUUGGUCAUACCGGUUUGUUUGCCAAAUAAAGCUAUGGAGAGGUUCGUUAAAGAGUUAGAUAAUGUGCUUAAGAACAACAUUAACCAACCUACUAUGGUCGAUCAAAAAUCCAGUUUCAUUAAGGCUUCGUUGUAAACAUUAAGAAAUGUUUGUUCCAAUUUCUUCCAAAUCAUAUGCAUGAGCUGCUUGUUGUUGUUUUAUUAUUCAAUGAUUAUGUACACUAACAAUGAAAAUAUGGUUCAACAAUCAUGUUUAAAUA